UAUGUAUCAGUUCAUGGUUGCACGAAUUAUAAUUAUCUGUCCGUUGGUCAAGGGAGGAACAGAAAAGGGAUAAACUAGCUAUAGCUAGUGUGUAGUGUAGGCAGGCAUCGGAUGUGUCGCCGCAUCAGCAGCGUGGCUAUCCAUUCCAUCCACACCCACAAUAUUAUUCCAUCCCAUCCACAUCUACCUCCUGCAUUAUUAUAUAUGGAUCGGAUUGCUUGCUCUCAGCAGCCACACAGUAUUGCUCAUGGCUGCUUGUGUUCCGACGGUGGAUGCGGAGGAAGCAUGCGCCCUCCUCAGCUCUUCCACACACCACUAUCUGGAUGUCAGGAUGUGGGAGGAUUUUGACAAGGGCCAUGUCGCCGGUGCUCGGAAUGUUCCCUACUACCUCUCCGUCACUCCGCAUGGGAAGGAGAAGAAUCCCCAGUUUGUGGAACAGGUUUCCGCGCUCUACGCCAAGGACCAAAACUUGAUUGGUUGCCGCUCUGGCAUCCGGUCCAAACUCGCCACUGCAGACCUCGUCAACGCGGGCUUCACCAACGUGAGGAACCUACAAGGCGGAUACCUUUCCUUGCUCCGAAGCGCAAACUAGCUAGCUUCCUGCUUAUUUGUUCGCAUGCUUGUAAUAAGUGAGUCAACAUAUGCUUGAAAGAUCUGUUCAUGAAGAAGCAGCAUCAACUCCAUCAUGAAAAAUGAUUAAUGACACUGCAAAUGUGCAUACCCAACAACUUUACUAUCUAAAAAUGCAGGCAAUAAGUGAGUCAGAGGAAGCUAGCGUCAACUCACAGCCGCAAGCCCCUUUGGUUCGACGCUCCAGUAGUUCAUCCAUGAUUUUAACAUGCCCACCCUGAGCAGCCAGAUGGAGUGGGGUAGGGUAGCAACAAGAGAAACAAAAAGAGAACAUUAAAGGUUAAUAUAUAUCCUAGGACAUAUCAUUCUAAAGGCCCAGUAUGAAUAUCAUUCUGGAAUCUGGAGCAAUAAUGGUGUGUUUGGUUUAGCUGUAUAUGGUGUUUAUUUGUGUAGAAUAUACAGUAUAUUUAUUAGUUGAAGCACGUGAAACCAAGGGGUAAGAUAAAGGAAAAUAGUCGUAUAUAACCAGUGACAAAAGUACUUGAUGAGGAACUAGAAUUGAGAAUCAGAUAAUUCAGAAUGAAUUAAGAUAGUAAAAUUUCCAAGGCAGACAUAUGGGCUUAAUAUGAGCACAUAUUUUUAAAGAGUGAAGACAGUCAUACCAGCUUAAGAUGGGCAGUAUAUUUUGAUAUAAAAUCGCACCCAGACCAAGUAGUAGUUCAUCUUGGCCCGAGUGCAAUUUUAUUGUAUUUGGUGUUUAUUUGUGUGUGAUGCACGCGCACAAUUCAUGUGAACCAACACGUGAUGCAAUGUGUAUGUUGUAGUCUGCCCAUACAUGCGUGGGCGAAAUAUCCUAGAGGGAGUCGCCAUACUGCACGAAACCAUUCAUGAGUUGCAUAGGAAAAGGCUAAGUGGGGUUAUUCUUAAAAUUUAUUUUGAGAAGGCAUACAACAAGGUCAAAUGGCCAUUCUUAUUCCAAACUCUUCGGAUGAAAGGAUUUGCGCCCAAGUGGAUUUCUUGGGUUAGAUCCUUCAUUAUGGGAGGUAGUGUUGCGGUUAAUGUCAACGACGACGUGGGAAAAUUCUUCCAAACAAAGAAGGGAUUACGCCAAGUCGAUCCCCUGCCUCCCAUCCUGUUCAACAUCGUAGCAGAUAUGCUAGCGAUCUUGAUUAACAGGGCUAAAGAACAUGGGCAAGUCAGUGGGGUAGUGCCUCACUUAAUUGAUGGAGGCUUAUCUAUUCUGCAAUAUGCAGAUGAUACGAUCAUUUUCAUGGAAAACGACUUAGAGAAGGCUCGUAAUAUGAAGUUGUUGUUAGGCGCUUUUGAACAAAUCUCAGGUCUCAAAAUAAAUUUCCAUAAGAGUGAAGUAUUAUGCUUUGGAGAUGCCCAAGAUUCUUUAGAGAGUUAUUUGGAAUUGUUUGGCUGCAAACAUGGGGAUUUUCCUCUAAAAUAUCUAGGGCUACCUAUACACUUCAAAAAGCUUAGAAACUCAGAUUGGAAGAUAAUAGAGGAACGUGUGGAAAAAAGACUAGCCAGUUGGAAAGGGAAACACCUUUCAAUUGGAGGUAGACUGACAUUGAUUAACUCGGUGUUCAACAGCCUUCCGUUAUACAUGAUGUCUUUUUUCGCUAUUCCUAAAGGUGUUCUUAGAAAACUUGACUAUUUUCGCUCUCGGUUCUUUUGGCAAGGAGAUAAGAGCAAGAAGAAAUACCGCCUUGCUAGAUGGACUAUCUUAUGUCAGCCCAAAGACCAAGGUGGCCUUGGGAUCCAUGAUCUAAAUAUUAAGAACACAACGCUCCUAAGCAAAUGGUUAUUCAAGCUUUUAACAUCGGACGACACUUGGCAACAACUUAUUAGGAACAAAUAUCUAGGCUCUAAACCUCUAGUCGAAGUUGAUUGGAAAACCGGAGACUCACAUUUUUUGUAUAGUUUAAUGAAGGUAAAACAAGAUUUUCUAUGUUUUGGAACCUUCAAAAUAAAAAAUGGAUCACAUGUGAGAUUCUGGGAAGAUACCUGGCUUGGAGGGCAGGGGUUGAAAGAUCAGUACCCUAGGCUAUAUAACAUCACAAGAGCAAAAUUUAAAACUAUUGUUGAGGUGCUAACAAAUAAUGAAACCAUUUUUUCUUGGAGACGUACUUUAUUUGGAUCUAGGCUAACGGAGUGGAAUGAACUUCGUUAGCGCAUUGCUAACAUUCAGUUAACACAAGAGGAUGAUGUUUUUCAUUGGAAUCUGACCCAAUCCGGGCAGUUCUCUGUGAAAUCACAUUAUCAAGCAUUAAUAAAAAUGAGGUGCCCAAUCUAAACAAAAGACUAUGGAAAUUAAAAGCUCCGCUAAAGAUCAAAGUUUUCCUUUGGUACCUUAGGAGGGGAGUAAUCCUAACUAAGAAUAAUCUUGCCAAACACAAUUGGCAUGGAAACAAAUCUUGUUGCUUUUGUCAUAAGCCAGAGAUAAUUAAGCACUUGUUCUUUGAAUAUCGAUUUGCUCGUAGGGUCUGGGGUGUAAUUUUUUUAGCCUUUGGGAUAUCUCCACCUUCUAGUGUUUCUAAUAUGUUUGGAAGCUGGCUAGAGGGGUUUGAGCACAAUCUUAGGAACAUCAUUUUGCUAGGGGCGGCAAGCACUUGUUGGGCUCUUUGGCUAAGAAGAAAUGAUAUUGUUUUUGAGAAAAAAUCAAUUUACUCUCCU